AUGUCUUCUAUGCGCUCAUCGCUCUUUCGCUCAACGCAGAGUCUACGUUCUUUAAGUCGUGUCCAUUUACGAACUAGUACAUCCCUAUAUAGAGAUAACACUUCGAUUCUACCUCCCCUCUAUCAACUGUCAAAACGAUAUGAAUCACCUAGACGAUGGAACUCGUCUACUCCAUCAGGAUCAGGAUCAGGACCGAAGAGCAGCCCACAAAUCGAAGCUCCUAAUCCCAGCGAUCAUUCUUCUGGUAACGGUAAUGGUAAGCAGACAAUUGGUCAAAUAGAACCUAGGCUACAAAUGACAUUUACAUGUACAGCGAACGAAUGUGGACAUCGAUCAUCACAUGAAUUUUCAAAAAGAGCUUAUACGAAAGGAUUGGUCUUGGUUCAGUGUCCAGAAUGUAGAUCGAGACACUUGAUAGCAGAUCAUAUAGGAUGGUUCAGUGAAAGUCUAGAAGGAGGUAAAUUGAAAACUGUAGAAGAUCUCUUACGCGUAAAAGGUGAAAAAAUAAGGAAAGGCAGAGUGAAUAUGGACGGCGAUAUAGAAUAUGAAGGUGAUGAUUAA